AUGAGCGGUUACUCGGGCGGCUGCACUCAAGAUGACAUUGAUAACGAAGUCUCGGCUGCAGAAUCGUCCGAGAAUAUAAGUGGCGUUGGAUGGAUUCCCGCUUGGUACACCGUGACGAACAUAGAAGACAACCCGGCCAUUGAUUCCAAUUCGCAUUUUUGCUUUGGAAGCUACACGUUCGAACUUGAUCUAACCCAAAACGGAACCACUGAAUACCUAAGCAGCUUUGAGCAUUCUCUUAGGGGUUGCUGCACAAUUUCACUCACCAAAGAUGACGGUAGCUCAUUCGGUGGUGAAUAUGGAUACAAAGCUUACGUCAAUGAUGUAAACAACAGUUCGCCCCAGUUCAUCUCUCCUCCGAUUUGGUAUAUGCUUGACGGCUGUGGCGGACAGACCUACAUGGUCAAUCCAGUCGAUCCAGAAGGCGAUACUGUCCGAUGCCGUUGGUCGACAUAUGACGAGGCUAGAGCGAUGUCCUGGAAUACUGGUCUCCAGCAGUUCUCCCUUGAUGAAGAAAACUGCAUCGUGACUUACCACCCUGAUGGGGAAGGCUCGAAGCCAAUUGCGAUCCAAGUCGAAGACUUCGAUUCUAAUGGAAAUCUUUUGCACUCGGUCCCUCUAUCAUUCGUCGCCGUUGUUUUUACUCCUGAUUUAGAGGGGUCAAAGUCCUCGAUAAAUAAUCCUCUUUACGCAGGAAUACUUCAAGGAACGGACGAUCAUGACGAAGAUCACGAAGGUCGACGGCGCAGAUCUUUGGACCAUCCAUCUCAACAGGCACGAUCAACUGAGCCGGCUCACUGUCUUGGCAGACCAAGCUUCAGUGGAAACUCUCCGGCCCAAGGAAUGAAGCUCUCGUGGAACUGGUCGCCAGGUGUGGAAAUUGUUAUUGAUUGGGACGCAUCCUACGAAAUGGGCGGAACUACUUUCUACGAUAUCACUCGAUACCAGUUCUCUCGUCCGACAGGAAUGACUUGUUCAGCUUUUGAUAGCAAAGGACAAGCUACCUGCUCCUGGUUCCCAACACCUGAACAAGUUGUUCAAGGAGAUCAUCCACAUUGCGUUGUAGUCUACGAUAGAUUCGGUCGCGCUUCCGAUCGCCAGUGCAUCACCAUUCGACUCGUCGACAUCGAUGAGUGCGCCACUGGUUCUCACUCGUGCACUCCUCUUGAAACUUGCACGAAUACAAUUGGUUCCUACACUUGUCCCUGCAUAAAUGGAUAUGAGAAGGAUGCAAAUGGCGUUUGUGUUGAUAUUGAUGAAUGCUCCAGGGAAACCGACACGUGCGAUCGGGUUAAAGAUAGAUGCGAAAAUCUCGUUGGUUCCUUCGAAUGCAUUCGUCUUCCAAUGCCACACACCGACGCCCUCUUGACUAUUCAAAACUGGAUCGAUAUGACUGCUGAUGUCGUAGCUUCGCAUGGCAGAGCUGGAAAAUUCAGAGUUCGAAUUGACAAAAUCCUGCGAAACGGUAUUUUUACUUAUGAUCCGAACUGCACACAGGCUUUCAAUGCCAACUUGCUUGGUCAAAACGACUUUGCUGUUUGGGAAAAGAUGCGGUCCGUUCAGAUGACCCCUGUACUCAAACUACAAGAGUUCAAGCUGGAUUGA